GGCCUCUGCGUCAUCUCCAUGCGCAUUCUCACCGUGCUCCGAGCAGGUGGCGCGGGUUAAGGCCGUCACGAUCAUUGACAGCGUGAGGCCGGUGUGGCUGCUAUUGCUAUGGUGGCUGGCGGCCGGGUGCACUAUGUCUAGACUGUCGGCCCUAGGCGGCUCCCGCGCCGGGUUGGGACUGUUACUUGGUACUGCCGCCGGCCUUGGAUUCCUGUGCGUCCUUUAUAGCCAGCGAUGGAAACGGGCCCAGCGCCAUGGCCGGAGCCACAGUCUGCCCAAUUCCCUGGACUAUGCGCAGGCUUCAGAGAGCGGACGCCAGGGUAUGAGCACAGGGAUGCAGUUGCGGGCCGUCCCAGGGGAAGCUGGCGAUGCCGCGGUGCUGCCCAGCCUCCCACAGGAAGGACAGGAGAAGGUGCUGGACCGCCUGGACUUUGUGCUGACCAGUCUGGCGGCGCUGCGGCGGGAGGUAGAGGAGCUUCGGAGCAGCCUGCAAGGGCUGGCCGGGGAGAUUGUUGGGGAGGUCCGAUCUCACCUAGAAGAGAACCAGAGAGUGGCCCGGCGCCGCCGCUUCCCUUUCGCCAGGGAGCGGAGCGACUCCACAGGCUCCAGCUCCGUCUACUUCACCGCCUCCUCGGGGGCCGCGCUCACAGACGCCGAGAGCGAAGGAGGUUAUACAACAGCCAAUGCCGAGUCCGACUAUGAGCGAGACUCCGACAAGGAGAGCGGGGAUGGCGAAGAUGACGUGAGCUGUGAGACUGUGAAGCUGGGGAGGAAGGAUUCUCUGGACCUCGACACGGAGGGAGCGUCAAGUCCCGAGUCUGGAGCCUUGGAGGUGGACAGCUCCUCAGGCCCUGAGGAUGUGGUGCUGCUCCUGCAGCAGGCAGACGAGCUGCACCAGGGCAGUGAGCAGAGCAAGCGGGAGGGCUUCCAGCUGCUGCUCAACAACAAGCUGGCGUAUGGAAGCCGACAAGACUUUCUGUGGCGUCUGGCCCGGGCCUACAGUGACAUGUCUGAACUCACCGAGGAGGAGAGUGAGAAGAAGUCAUAUGCCCUAAAUGGAAAAGAAGAAGCAGAGGCCGCUCUGGAGAAGGGAGAUGAGAGCGCUGAAAGCCACCAGUGGUAUGCAGUACUCUGUGGUCAGCUGGCUGAGCAUGAGAGCAUCUCCAGGCGUAUCCAGAGUGGCUUUAGCUUCAAGGAACACGUGGACAAAGCCAUCGCACUGCAGCCCGCAGACCCCAGGAAUCACUUUCUUCUUGGCAGGUGGUGCUACCAGGUCUCUCACUUGAGCUGGUUGGAAAAAAAAACAGCUACAGCCUUGUUCGAAAGCCCUCUUAGCGCCACUGUGCAGGAUGCGCUCCAGAGCUUCCUAAAGGCUGAAGAGUUACAGCCAGGAUUUUCAAAAGCCGGACGGGUAUAUAUUUCUAAGUGCUAUAGAGAAUUAGGAAAAAACUCUGAAGCUAGAAAGUGGAUGAAGCUGGCGCAGGAGCUGCCAGAUGUCACUAAUGAGGAUUCAGCUUUCCAAAAAGACCUAGAAGAAUUGGAAGUAACUUUAGAAAAAUAAUCACAUUCCAGUGACUUGGGGGCUACUACUUAAACAGAGAAAAGAAAAUCAAGUUGCCUUUCCCCCUCUGUGACACCACUGAGUUCAGGAAACCAAGCAAGACUGGUUUAGGGGAUGUCUUGAUCCCUGAGGUCUGACUGCUACUACCAUCAUCCCUCAAUUUUCUAUGUUAUCAGUUAAUUUAUUAUAAUCUCUUAAUCUACUAAAAUUGGGGAUGAACUUGCUGCUUAGGUUUCUGCUUUCUAACUCUUAAGUGAAUUCCUGAGAAAUCAAGACUGUAUAGCCAGAGUUAAGUGUGGAGACAGCCCAGAAGGCCCAGAGCUGAGAGGAUGGAGUAGCAGAACUUUCAACUGCAGUGAGAUAGAACACCGAAGAGGCACGGCAACCAAGUGUAGGACUUGUAACCUUCUUUGCUGAUAUUCCUAUUUAUUGUCCUGAAGUCAUUCCCUGCCUAUGAAGACAAGAGGAACCGCCAGCAUAGCCCAGCCACUGCCCUCUUACCACCCAUCAUGUAGACUCCACCUGUAUUCUUGGGGUGAGGGCUGGACCACAUGACUUCCAGGGUUCUGGCAGCUUCUGGGAUGGCAGCACUGGCCAAGGGUUUAUAAAUAUAUUUUGGAAGUGACCUGAAGAGGUGCCUGGAAUAUUUUUUGGUACAAAUUUGAAAUAAACUAAAUUUGAUUAGAAGGA